CUGUCAGUGGGCGGGGCCACCGCAGCUCCGGUCCAAAGCCAGAGGUUUGCAUAAGAAGGAGUGAAAGUUUAGAGAGAAGGAGAAGAAACAACUGACUUUGGGCUUUGGUCUUUACACAGUGUUACUGCAGCCUGCAGGAGGGACAAGAAAACUUCAACCAAAAUGCUGUCCACCCAUUGUCUGCCCUGCUGCACAGUCCUUCUCUUAUUGCUGUCCGAGCUGGCUCUUGCCCAGUACGAACACCUCGGAUACCCGCAGGGCUACCCUGACCCAGAACAGGAACACUACAUCGCCCCCCAGCUUUCGCCAGACACGCCCAGGAUUCAGCUCCGAUUAGCGGGGGAUAAGAGGAAACACAACGAGGGUCGCGUGGAGGUUUUCUACAACAAUGAAUGGGGCACUGUAUGUGAUGACGACUUCACUAUCCAUGCCGCUCAAGUGGUGUGCAAGGAGCUGGGCUACCUGGAAGCCAUCUCAUGGUCACCAUCCUCAAAAUAUGGGAAAGGACAAGGACCCAUCUGGUUUGACAAUCUUCACUGCACUGGCAAGGAAAAGACCCUUGCGCUGUGUCCUUCCAAUGGGAUCGGUGUUUCAGACUGCAAACACAGUGAAGACGUGGGCGUGGUGUGCAGCGAUAAAAGAAUCCCGGGAUUUAAAUUUGUCAACACCCAGCCCAACCAUGUAGAGAACCUUGAUAUUCAAGUUGAGGACGUGCGCAUACGAGCCAUCCUGUCGUCGUACCGUAAGCGAAUCCCGGUAACAGAGGGCUAUGUGGAGGUCAAGGAUGGCGGUAAAUGGAAGCAGAUCUGUAACACUGAGUGGACCCAGCUUGACAGCAGAGUCAUCUGUGGCAUGUUUGGCUUCCCUGGGGAGAGGAAGUACAAUGCCAGAGUCUACAAGAUGUUUGCUAGCCGGAGAAAGUCCACAUACUGGGACUAUGCUGUUAAUUGCACUGGCAAUGAAGCCCAUCUUUCCAGCUGUAAACUGGGCCAGGCUUCAUCAAUGAAAUUGAAUGGGACCUGUGCUGGAGGGUUGCCUGUGGUGGUGAGCUGUGUGCCUGGUAGAGACUUUGCCCCAACCUCCAUGACGGGAUUCAGGAAGGCCUUCAGACAAGAGCAACCUUUGGUUCGUCUUCGUGGUGGGGCCAUUGUGGGCGAAGGCCGAGUGGAGGUGUUGAAAAAUGGAGAGUGGGGCACCAUAUGUGAUGAUAACUGGAACCUGCUGUCUGCCACCGUGGUGUGUCGAGAGCUGGGCUUCGGUACGGCCAUAGAGGCCCUGUCUGGGGGCCGCCUGGGACAAGGAAUGGGCCCAGUACAUAUGAAUGAGGUACAGUGCACUGGAUUUGAGAAGUCCAUCACAGAGUGUGCCUUCAACAAGGAGGCUCUUGGUUGCAGCCAUGAGGAGGAUGCAGCCAUCAGAUGCAACGUUCCUUCUAUGGGCUUCCAGGAGUCGCUGCGUCUGAGUGGAGGUCGUAACCCCUAUGAGGGCCGUGUGGAGGUGCUGGUGGAGAGGAAUGGUUCCCUGGUGUGGGGGACGGUGUGCAGUGACAGCUGGGGAACCAUGGAGGCCAUGGUGGUCUGCAGACAGCUGGGCCUGGGCUUCGCCAGCAACGCUUUCCAGGAGACAUGGUACUGGCCAGGAGAGGUUAGUGCCGACAAUGUGGUGAUGAGUGGUGUUCGCUGCUCUGGUACUGAGAUGUCUCUGUCCCACUGCCUGCACCACGGAGCCCACCUCAGCUGUGCUAAAGGAGGCGGACGCAACGCCGCCGGAGUCUCCUGCUCCGAGACGGCUCCUGACCUGGUGUUGAACCCUCAGGUGGUGGAGCAGACCACCUACAUGGAAGACAGGCCUAUGUUCAUGCUGCAAUGUGCCCAUGAGGAAGAAUGUCUGUCAUCUACCGCUAACCAAGUGCCGGCCAACUCCUACCGCCGCCUGUUGCGCUUCUCUUCCCAGAUCCACAACAACGGCCAGUCUGACUUCCGGCCCAAAGCUGGCAGACACUCCUGGGUGUGGCAUGACUGUCACAGGCAUUAUCACAGCAUGGAGGUGUUUACCCUAUAUGACCUGUUCUCCCUCAAUGGAACCAAAGUGGCAGAAGGACACAAAGCAAGUUUUUGUCUGGAGGACUCAGAGUGUGAUGAAGGUAUUGAAAAGAGAUAUGAAUGUGCUAACUUUGGAGAUCAAGGCAUCACUGUGGGCUGCUGGGAUACCUACAGGCAUGACAUUGACUGCCAGUGGGUCGAUAUAACUGAUAUCAAACCUGGAGAUUACAUAUUCCAGAUAAUAAUUAAUCCAAACUAUGAGGUACCUGAGUCAGACUACACCAAUAACAUCCUGAAAUGCAGAUGUCGAUAUGAUGGCCAUCGUGUCUGGAUGUACAGCUGCCAUAAUGGUGGCUCAUUAAGCACUGAAACAGAACAGACGUUCCCAGGCCUUCUCAGCAACCAGGUGACCCACAGGUAAAGACAAAGCAGAGGAGAGGAGUCAACUGGCCGCCACCCCCCCGCCACCUCGACACCAUCUGAAGCCUACCAACCACUACACAUCUCCCUCUGUGGUGGAUUCUACUUGCCAGCCCUGCUCUAGUACAAACCAGCUUUUCAACCCCCACCCUCCUUUCCUACCCAGCUGAAAUAAUAUGUGUUUGCCCCUACUGUCCAAAAAGUGGCAGCUACAGCCUUACCAACACUUCCAACUUCGCUGGUUAAGAUCAAGAGAAUGGCAAAGGUUCCUUCUGCCCUGUAACUUUUGUUUUGGUUUUUGAACAAGUGAUGAAAUAUGCCAGGAAGUGGCAGGUAUUUUGUACAGCAUUGGGCAUUAUCAUCAAGAAGGUGUCUUCUUUUGAAGUGUAGCACUUUAACAGAACCCUGAUGCAACACUUUUUGUUCAAAGCUUAUUCUGGAGAGGUUGCAUGUCAGUGCCAGGUCGCCUGAGGAUUGAGAGGAAUCAUCUAAAACAACAGCAGUGGUUUGUCUUUGGAAGUAAAUGCAGUAUUAUAUCACUUUUUAUGGAGUUUCAUAAAGGGCCUUUUACAAACUAAAGUUCACCUGCUGUGCACUGAGUUUGUUGCACAGGCCAACUGGGCAUUUCUUCUGCAUGUCUGUUAUUUAAGAUGAAGUUUCUCUUCAUCAUCUUCAUUGAAGAGUUUGUGCAAAUAAAGCUGUGGCUAAAGCAAGUUCUCAAAAAGCCCAUUCAUCCCAAAUAACAAGUGCUAAUUGCCCAAUUAAACCGUAAAACUAAUCCACCAAGGCUGAAAUAUUACAUAGUGAUCCUCAAAUUGCCCCAAAGUUUUCUUUAAUGGAACUGGGGCGUAUAUUCUUUGAAAUUGUUCUGAAAACUACUUGCACUGCAUAAAGUCUGAAAGAUUAACUAAUCCAUUUUGCUGUACCACUUUCUGGUACGACCAGGCCUUAAAGUAGUGACACCACUGUUCUAUCACAGGCUAACAGCCAGUAGUUGUAUGUUAGCACAACUAGCCUCAACUUCAGCUUUCCUGUAUCCAAAGGCAACUUCUAGGAAAGCUUUUUGUAUUACUUUGGCAAAAUUUGGAAAGGUGUGAUUGAAAAUCUUAUAGAUAGCCCAAAGCUACACUUUCUAUACUCCCAGGAACUCUUCUCCCCACGCGCGUUCCACAUGGUUCCACAUCGCUGUCUUCCAGCAAGUUCCUUUGCAGGAUUUCAGAACAAGACUUGACAAUCUUCCCAUAAUGUAGUCAGACAUUUAUAAUAACAAUCAGAGUGUCGGUGGCAAAAACAGCCAUUUUUAGUGGGCGUACAGCCCGGGUCGCGGCGGCCAGUUACAGCAUUCUUGCUCAAUACUGGACCAAUUUCAAACAUUUUGUUCACUCAAGUCAAAGGUCAUUGUUGAAAAAAUACCAAAUUCCACUUAUAUACACUUUAGUCUACUGUAAAUGUUACUUAAGUGUGUCUUAAGUCUCAGACAGUGGCACUAGGAGGAUCAUAGGACUGUUCUACAGUAACAUGCUUUCAAAAAACGGAAGGUUUCAGCGAUUACCUCACUGCCUUAUAUGUUGCUUUUACAAGGAAACAGAAAAAGCACAGAUGAGAUAAAUCUCAUGAAUAACAUUUCCCCCGUGUUAAAGUUGCAGAUAUCAAUUACUUACUGUUAUUAAAGUUAGUUUUAAAAAGUUGUAUUCCUUUAAAAAAUAUGUUAUGUACAAUAUUAUUUGUGAACCCUUUUUUAUUGUAGUAUGUUUUCUAAUGGUGCUAUCAAACUGUUCCUCUGUUUUCUGAGGGUACAGUACAUGUUGAACAGCUACAUUAUGUACACUAACAGUAUACUUGAACUGAGUGUAAGGAACAAUUUGCUUUGUGUGUUAAACUAUAAUAAAUGUCUGAGUUAAGGAGCAACCAAA